CUGCUGCAUUUACAUCCAGCUGACUGUGAGAGCCAGGUGAAAUGUCUGCACGGAUUUCCUCCUCACUGCUCAGGGUUUGCCCUUACAGUUUCAGAUGCUUAGAUGUCUUAAAAAGCUGCAGGGCAUGGAAACCAGGAGGGGACGUUUUUAUUCGGUCUCUCCAUGUAGACAGUCCUCCUCAAAAACCAUCCCUGACCACCAGCUACGUCCAUGGCACCUCUUCCUAUUCACUGCUUCCCUUGACUGUAAGCCAGAGCCUAGAGGCAACAGCGGAACGCUUUCCUGAUCGUGAAGCUGUGGUCUUUCUACAGGAUGGCAUCAGGAAAACCUUUGCUGAAUUUCAAAAAGAUGUGGAGACGGCUGCUGCGGGCUUGCUUGCACUGGGCUUGGAGAAAGGCGAUCGACUUGGGGUUUGGGGUCCAAACAUAUAUGAAUGGAUCCUUUUCCAGUUUGCUUCAGCUAAGGCUGGAAUUAUCUUGGUGUCACUGAAUCCAGCCUAUCAGGUGGACGAAGUGGAGUUUACACUGCAAAAGGUCCAGUGCAAAGCAGUGCUGUGUCCAACCAGCUUUAAAAGUCAGAACUUCUGUGAGAUGCUGCGAAAGAUUUGCCCAGGAAUCGAUUCUAUGCCACCUGGAAUGAUCAAAACCUCCAGGGUGCCAGAGUUGCGUAUGGUCAUUGUGACCGACAGCAGACAGCCGGGGAUGUUUCAUGUGGAGGAUGUGAUGCAAGCAGGGGAGAGUCAGCACUACAAGCAGCUGAUGGACCUGCAGAGCAAGCUGUCCCCUGAUGAUGCCAUCAACAUCCAGUUCACCUCAGGUACCACUGGGAAACCAAAGGGAACCACUCUUUCCCACCACAACAUAGUCAAUAAUGGAUAUUUCAUUGGUCUGCGUAUGGGCUAUCACAGCAGACCUCAGGUUCGAGCGUGUCUUCCUGUGCCUUUGUACCAUUGCUUCGGCUCUGUGAUUGGUGGGAUGGCCAUGGCACUUCAUGGCAUCACCCUUGUGUUCCCUUCUACAGCUUACAACAGUUCUGCCAAUUUAGAGGCUAUCCAAAAAGAAAAGUGCAAUUUUGUCUAUGGCACUCCAACUAUGUACGCUGACUUGCUUGGUCAGGAUUUACACAAGUAUAACUUGUCAUCGAUUGAAGCCGGGCUCAUAGGAGGUUCUCCAUGCCCUCCUGAGAUCCUGAGGAAGCUAAUAACACAAAUGAACAUGAAAGAGAUAACGGUCGUGUAUGGAACCACUGAAAACAGCCCUCUUACCUUCCUUGGAUUUCCAGAAGACAACGAUGACCUGAAGAUGAACACAGUGGGGUGCAUCAUGGCUCACACUGAGGCAAAAAUAGUGGACCCCAACACAGGCCAGAUGGUCCCGCUCGGUGCUUCAGGAGAGCUCAUGAUCAGAGGGUACUGUGUGAUGCUGGGGUACUGGGAUGAACCUCUGAAAACCAGAGAGGUUAUAUCUGAGGAUCGCUGGUAUAGAACUGGUGACACGGCCAGCCUCAACAGUCUGGGAUACUGCCGCAUCGAGGGACGCAUUAAGGACAUGAUCAUCCGCGGAGGGGAAAACAUUUACCCUGCUGAGAUUGAGCAAUUUCUCCACAAGCAUCCAAAAGUUCUGGAGGUGCAGGUUGUGGGGGUAAAAGAUGAGAGGCUGGGUGAGCAGGUGUGUGCCUGCAUAAGGCUCAGGCCGGAUCAAACCGCAACUGCAGAGGAGAUAAAAAACUUCUGCAAAGGCAAAAUGUCCCACUUUAAGAUUCCACAUUAUGUGAUCUUUGUAGACAGCUACCCUCUAACUGUCUCUGGGAAGAUCAAGAAGAACGUAUUAAGGGAGGAAAUGGAGAAGAAAUUAGGUCUUUGAUUUUCUAUUUCAAGGUCUUACAGGACGCAAUUUUAGAGUAUUAAGUAAAACCUGUAAUGAAACUAGGUAUCUGAAUAAUUUAUGCCUUAUUUUGUUAAGUGAUGUUUGUACUUUGAUGCUGCCUGCUGUUAUUGACCUGAGGAACAAUGUUUAGUUUAACAAGCAAUGGCAGCUAAAUAAUUCAGUUUUCAUUUUAAUUGUUCCAAAGGAUUUUUAAACGUAACGACUGUAAAACCUUCAAUAAA